AACUCAGCAUGACUAAGUAGCAAAUCAAAAAAUGUUGCAAACUCCGAUAAGAUUUCAAAUCAUGACUCAUUGUCAGAAUCAACUCAAAUAUGAACAACUCAAAAACAAAAGCACUCAAAUAUUUCCCUCUAACGCUUGGAAAAACUUGCUUUUCCAAUUGAGAAUGUGCGUCGCGCACUUUUUUGUGGGAAAUUCUCAGAUCAAUGGGCCGCUUUUGAGGGAAAUUUUAUUUUUUUGGUGGUGGUUUGGGUUCUUUGGGUUCAAAGCUGAUUUUUCGGCAACUCACCCACCAGUCUGCGGUGCACCCGUGAACGUGUAACUUCUAGCGCGGCAAUGUGAGCUGACCACACCCCCCCAACGCCCCCUUUUUAGUGAGUGUGUGUGUGUGCGUGUUGUUUUGUGCGUGAAAUUGUUUGUGUUAAUGGAGCUUAAAGAUGACAGAUUUCUAUAUGAACGAUAUCUUGAGAUCGUUUAGAAAAAUGCGCAUGAAUAAAUCCCAGAGCGCUCAGAUCAGCUCAACGCAUCAGCAACAACAACAGCAUCAGCAACGUUAUAAUAAUCCCUAUCGUUAUAACUAUAACUAUCAAAUUGUACAACGCUCGCCCAUGCAGCAGUGCAAAGACUUAAAAAAGAUUAUAAAAAUUAUAAAGAAAACUGUCAUCAAGCAGAAGAUAACGCGCAAAAUGAACAUAAUUGUUUAA